AUGGCGUCUUCGAGCGGCAGUGUGCCACCAGGGUUCAGAUUUCAUCCGACAGAUGAAGAGUUGCUGCAUUACUACUUGAGAAAGAAGUUGUCCUUUCAAAAGUUUGAGAUGGAGGUGAUUAGAGAAGUAGAUUUGAACAAGAUAGAGCCAUGGGAGUUGCAAGAAAGAUGCAAGAUUGGAUCAACACCACAAAACGAGUGGUAUUUUUUCAGUCACAAGGAUCGGAAGUACCCAACAGGAUCAAGAACGAAUCGAGCGACAAAUGCAGGAUUUUGGAAGGCAACAGGGAGGGAUAAGUGCAUUAGAAACAGCUACAAGAAAAUUGGAAUGAGGAAAACCCUAGUUUUCUAUAGAGGAAGAGCUCCCCAUGGCCAAAAAACAGAUUGGAUCAUGCAUGAAUAUCGCCUUGAAGAUGCUGAUGAUGCUCAGACAUCCCUUACUGAAGAUGGGUGGGUGGUGUGCAGGGUUUUCAAGAAGAAGAACUUAUUCAAAGUGGGAAAUGAAAACUCAAACAUGAACUCAUCGUCCUCCGAACAUCAUCGUCAUCAACUCAAUAAUGCAUCAAAUCCUAAUCACUCUCACUUUAUCCAUAGAGAAAAUCAAUACCUAAUUCGCCAAUACCACAAUCAACAACAACCAUUUGAACUCAACAAGACAACUGAACUAGCCCUACAUUACCGCACCCCCACACCUCCUCAAUACUCUCUUUUCCAACCCCAAACAAUAGUUCCAAACUUCUCAAAUCUCCCUUCAGACUCCCCAAUGGUGAAGCAACUUUUCUCGAACCCUAGUCAUGAUGGUGGCGAGAGCGGCAGUGAGAGUUUAAGGUACCAUCAUCAUCAAGGUUGUGAGCCAGGAGUAGAAGUUGGAACUUGUGAACACACAACUCAUCAGGUGGUUAUAAUGGGGAGAGAUGAUCAAACGAGCUUGAACGACUGGACAAUGCUUGACCGAUUGGUUUCUGAUGAUUCCACAACAAAGGGGGUGAGAUUUGAAGAUGCAAAUCAUCAAAUUAACCAGCUUUCACAGCGAGGGGAGAUGAACUUUUGGGGGUUCGAAAAAUAGUUGUACGUGUAAUAUUUAAUU